AUGGACGACGACGACCACGUCCUACGCUCAUGGUUCCCUAAGGGGCUAGAUCCAGGCGACAAGGUCACCCUCGACAUACCCACGUCGGAAUGGGUAAUCGACAGACUAGUCAAUAAGCACAGCUACCAAUGCGCAGACCGGUCUCUCGACUCUUACGCAUGUGUUCUGUUCGAAUGCCAUAAUGCUGCAGAUAGACAACGGGCUUUUAUGCGCGUUUACGCCCAAGUUCCACACACUUGUUAUGAGGAUGCGGACCGAGCUACCCGCGCCCGAGAAGCGACUGAAUUCACACCUCCCGAGCUAAAGGCAUAUAAGUUUCUUAAAGAAAAACGCUCGCAAAAUACACCUCUACUUCUAGCAUAUAAGCAAGGUUCUCAGGAUAGUAACUCAGGGGCAGUUCCUAGAGGACAUCUUACAUGGAUUGUAUGGGAGAAGGUCCCCGGAGAACACCUAGGAGAUUUUAAAUCCGCUUUUUUGUACUGGGAUAUGAACAGUGAGGAACGAAAGCGUAUCCGUGAGGUCUUCCUUCGAGAGUUUCCGAAGGCCAAGAACAUGGGGUAUUUCCCUGAAAGGGCUAGGCCUCGUAAUCUAGUCUGGGAUUCGAAUACCGGUGCUUUGUAUUUUGUUGGUUUCCGGGAUGCAGAGCGAUUCGAGGCUAAAGGCACUUUCGGCGAAGAAUGGUUGCCACGUUUUGAUCUUGCCAGGCCCCCUCGACCUUACAGAUGGGACAAAGAUUACAAUGGUGAUAUCUCGAACUGGAAAAUCUGA